GUCUUUUGUUGACCAUCGAUAGUCAUGAUUCUACUAAAUGAUUUGAGGUGGGUAUCCAAUCCCCUGCGGACACCGGUUACGGUUUGAAUUUUGUCAGUAUACAUGUCGGGAAGUACGCCAAAGAUCUCUACCGUCACUAUGAGGUUGCCGAGUGUUGAAUAGCACCCGUACGUGGAUUCAUGGGAACCACUGGGGUGUGACAUCAUGAGACCUCAUAAGCGCAGUAGCAUCGCUCCUGGUCUCAUCACACUUGUUCCUGCCCAUCAUGGCUGCGCCUCCCGAAGUAACAACCAAGAAUCUCACCGGAAAAUACAUCAUGAACAAGACAUUGAGUGAUGACAGUGACGAUAUCCUUAAGCUCCAGGGCGUAUCUUGGUUCAAGCGGCGUGCGAUCUCGAUGUUUACAUUGACGCUUGUCGUAAAGCACUAUGGAGACGAGGCCGGAAUUGAGCACAUAGACAUCCAACAGACUCUAUCUGGGGGUAUCUCGGGGACGGAUGAGAAUCGGAUUCUUGAUUGGGAGGAACGCAGCGAGAGCGACGAUGUUUUCGGUGCUGUGAUCGGACAAUCCAAGAGAGUCAAGCCUGAGGAAGUGGAGGAUGAAUUCUUGAAGUCUGGCUGGACGGAAGAUGCAGUUGAAGACGGGUUAGUUCUCGCGGUAGCCCGGAGCGACACUGCAAAAAGUGGCAUGGAUUGGAGGGCGGAACUGACCUGGGGUUUUGAAGUUUUGAAUGGCGAGAGGAGAUACGCUAGACAUGUCAAGUUUACGUCAUCGGAUAAGUCGGAUGGUCCAAUCUUCAAACACCUUUAUUACGACUACGUCGGUCCCAGUUGAUAACCACGCACUUGUACAAUAUGAAUAUGAAUUAUCGCGUUCAAUUGGGCCACAGCACAAUCGGGUAGUAUGACCGAGCUCAUGACCGAUUACCAGGCCCUCAGGUUACGUGGCUG